AUGUUCACCAGGAAGGCUUCCACCACACUUCUGUGCCUGCUACUCAGAGCAGCCACCUUGAGCUCCCAGGUGCUGGCCCAGCCAGAUUCCGUUUCCAUUCCAAUCACCUGCUACUUCAAUGUGGUCAUGAGGAGGAUCCCCAGUCAGAGGCUGAAGAGUUACACAAGAAUCACCACCAUCCUGUGCCCCCGGGAAGCUGUGAUCUUCGAGACCAAACUGAUCAAAGGAGAUCCACGGAUCGAGGAUUCCACGAAACUCCUGCAACACAAGUUCCAAACCUAG